UUAAGCUCCCAUCCCAUCCCAAACAUCCUCAAAUAAAGCAAUUAACUUAAUCACUUUGCUUAAUUGCUACAUACUAUUCAAUAGUGUACGUGGUUGUUAUUACUAUUACUAUUAUUAAUUUGUUACCGUAUGCAUGCAUGUGUACGUAGUAUGUGCGAAAUAAACAAGAUGGCUAAUAAUCAUUGCUAUUUUUAUCAUAUUACUAAUAAGUUGCAAUCAAUUAAGUUGUUAAUCUUAGUGAUCCUUCUGGUGGAUCAUCAGCAAUUGGGAGCCAUAGGCAGCGGUGGCCGGAAAGAUAACAACACUUCCGGCCACGGGCAGCUGGAGAAAUGGAACUUAAUAAGGAGUUAUGGGCGGAGGAUGAUGAUGACAAUAGGAUCCGCCGCCGAUGUCAACCGUGGUGGUGGUGGUUUAUCUCCACGACUAGACCCGAAGCUGAGGGAGGCGGAGAUGAAUAAGAUGGAAAUAAGAGUGAGCCAAGAUGGUAAAGGAGACUUCAAGACCAUCCAAAAGGCCAUUGAUAGCAUUCCACCCCACAAUGCUCGGAGAGUCCUCAUCUACAUUCAACCCGGCCUCUAUAGAAGUUUGAUGGAAUGGUUGAUGAGUAUCCUCAUGGAAUGAUGGGCGUACAAUGAUGGCGUAUUUAUAUGCUCCGUAGAAAAUUUGCACAUUACACUCUAGAAUACUCUACUGCAAAAAUUAUUAGCAGCAAAAUAUUAAAUAUUUGUUUCUUUUAAUGUUCUUUGGAAAAAACGUCAGCUAGUGUAUUUAUUUAUUACAUGAGAU